ACCAAUGAAUGUAAGUCCUGUGACCCCGAAGGUCUUGGAGACCUUGAUUAAGGACAAGAUGAUGCGUCACGACAACUUUAUUGAAUCUUGGAUGCUGACUCAGUGGAAUCUAUCUUCCAAUCUGAUGUUGGUCGCGGACUCUGAACCCUGUGCCAGGCUUCAUCUUGAACCAAUGAUGCUGACUCUGCAACCGGCAACCGCAUUUUCCCAAAUAAAUGACCCGAACUUCCCGGCUGGUGCUCAGGUCGUACCGCCCCCGGCAAAUCCUAACGCUGUCCCUGGUGCUGCUGCAGGUAUACCACAAGCUCCUAUAGAUUACCAGCAACAACAGCAGUUGCCUCCUCAACCACAAGUAAUUUUGGAACAGCACCAAAUCCCCGUACAGAACAUUCAGCUUCAGCAGCCAGUACCUGUCCAGCAACAGCAACCGCAAUUCCAACAGCAGCAGCCGCCAGUCCAACAGCAACCGCAAUUCCAACAGCAGCCACCAAUUCAACAGCAGCCUCCAGUCCAACAGCUGCAGCCGCCAGUCCAACAGCAACCGCAAUUCCAACAGCAGCCACCAAAUCAACAGCAGCCUCCAGUCCAACAGCAACCACCAAUUCAACAGCAGCCGCCGGUCCAGCAGCAACCACCAAUUAAACAGCAGCCUCCAAUCCAACAACAGCCGCCUGUUCAACAGCAACAACCAUUCAAACGCAGGCCUUUUGCAGUCUGCCUAGACAACCGGAAGGCAAGCUACGGUGAAAAGGUUGUCUACUUUGCCAUCGAUUUGCGACUUAAUUGGCAAAAUCCAACACCCGAAGAUAUGGCGCUGAUCAAUUCUAUCAAUUUCCGCAUUGGAGAGGACAAAGAUAAACCGGAAGUGCGUCAAAAUAUGGAAAAAUUAGAACGGUUGUCUAUGAUUGUGGACACAAUUGCAACUCGCCUCCACCGUGCUCAACGACUUCAACAACGCUCGCGCAAUAACGCUGCAGUGGACAGGGUCCUGAUGGAGGCCAACGUAAAGCACGUCAUGACCUGGUCCACCUUCCAGCUUUUUGUCAUGAUCUUUGUCGGCGUCGUGCAGACUUUGCUUAUUCGCAGCCUCUUUGACGAAAAGAGCAGUCUGUAUAGGCUCUGGGUACACGGUUGUGCAAGUGGACCUUCUCACGCCGGCUCGGCCUAUUGA